AAUAAGCUUUGCCUUGGCUAUGAUGAGUAAGUGCGGUGGAAAUGGGUAGGAUCUGAACACGAGCCUUGUCGUACUUGGCAAGUGUGAUGAGAGAUACCCGCGAAAAUAGACCUGCUGAUUCAUCCCUUGGUGAGAACGGGGCGAGGAGCCGGCAUUGUGAACGGAGGGGCGAUAGCGCGUCGUGUGCAGGAGGUCACGCUAGGAUAUAUGGGUACAGAUGCCCUCGCACAAGCUUCACGCUUUUCGACCCUCGUCACUCGAUCAUCUCUACUGGGAUUCUUUCUUUUCUGUGGGAUCUUCGGCGAUGAUACUCAUAUCCGCACUCGCGGCGGCGCUCCUGCCAUGCCUUCCUCUCCUGGCCAACGCUCAGGCUAGAAACACACUCAAUGUCCAGACAUACACACCCGAGCAGACGACCGUCAAGGACACCAUCUGCGAGCUAUUCCAAGGCAGCACAAGGGGCGGGGUGUGGCCCGAGACAAUCCAUAGCCCUAUCGACACCUGGAACCUGUUCGAAGUCACGCCCAAGCUCGUGGAAUACCUGGAGGCGAAUGGCAAGGAUGACUUCGCUACCAACUUCAUCGCUUCCGCUACCGCAGGACGCGUCCAAAGAACCUCGCCUAUCGUAUGCAAUACCAUAACCGACUCGUGCGACGUGCCCUUCGACUGCGAUGGCUAUGAUUCUUUUGAAUCAGCGCUUGUUGUUUGGUCCAUCUACGCGCUGCGCAAGUCGACCGACCGACAGGACGCCGCAUACGUCGAGGCCCACGCGAAAUUCGCCGAGAACGACAACGAUCUCGCCAAGGUCGUAUUCCGGGACACGCAAUUCGGCGACGACGUCAAGGACAUCCAAAGAAGACUCUUCAUCGGCGCUAUCACCAACAUGUUCUCCUUCAUCGGCGGCGUCGUCGGCGGCUCCGUCAUCAAGGGACUCUUCGCACUCAUCAGAGAAACAGCUAAGUUCCUCGUCAAAGAGGCAUUCAGCGACUUCGACAUCGGCAACGACCCCGUCAACGACGGCACCGCCUUCGUGAACUCCCUCCAAGCCUCCUACACCGAGAUACGGGACCUGCUCAAGAUCAUCGUGGAGAACUAUAUGCGCAACGGCGACGUGGACUUCGCGCUUAUUUCGACGCCGCAGCAGACGGUGGAAUUCUUGCAGAGCGGCGCGAUGUUGCCGUUGAUGUCUGAGAGCGCGCUGGCUGCGUUCAAGGAUAAAACGAGGGACGAUCUGAUUAAGCAGACGGCUCUCCCUUUCAUCGCGAGUAUCUACCAAGAGCAAGGCCUGCGGAUCCGUAUCUCGAACGCCGUAAGCCCAGCGCCCGCGCCUUCGCCUUCUCUAGAAAAUUCUGACAAGCUCGUCCCAGCCACCUGAACGAUGCAAUCCCCCUGAAGUCCCCGCCGGUCUCGAUGGCUUCAUCCUCCGCACACCCUUCUUCCACGGCGAUGUCCCAGGCGUAGUAAGUCCAGCCAUUUACCGACGCCGAGCGCAAUAGAACGCUGAGCUAUGAAUACAGGGCGUCAAGUGCCUCAAGUCCAGCCACCAGCUCGGACAGACCCAGAGCGGUGCUUUGGGCAGAUUCGGCAUGAGGCUCACUGACAUCUUAAUGAACGCUGUAAGUGUUCAUUAGCUUCUUCGUGUGCCGACCGGGCAUAUUACUGGAUUGGCGAACUAACUCCCUGCCAGGCCGUGUGCGCUGCGAAUGGCGGCGCAGGCGUGUUUCCGCCGACGGAAUCGGAGCAGAGUGACGCUGGCUUUCCGCGGUGUAGUUUCCCGUGGAGUAUUGAGGAUGGAUCGGAGAUAUGAGAUGGUUGGAAGGGCCGGGGA